GUUUCUUAUAUCGCUCUCUGCAUGCCCAACUCAUCUCUGGAUUCUCCACCAAGCCAAUCAACAGACGGGGUAAACACUGUCACCGCUCCCCCGUAGUGGCAGGUUUAACAACGUGAGUCUGAGACUGGAACGGUGACAGCGCAGCCGGGCUGUACUAUUAAGCUGCGGGGCGGCCCUCGUGGCCGGGAUGCCACUGUGUGCCGUGCCAGUCCACGGUGGACGGUGAGGGUCAGGAGGAGGAGUGCAGGAGACUGAGAGGAGGCGGCCCGCACCAAACAGGAGAAAUGAACCUCUGCUGGAACGAGAUCAAACGCAAGUCCCACAACAUCCGGGUGCGGCUAGAGGCCUUCUCCGACAACAGCGGGAAGCUGCAGCUCUCUCUGCAGGAGAUCAUAGAAUGGCUGACAGCCAAGGACGAGGAGCUGUCGGAGCAGCUGCCCAUAGGAGGCGACGUCGGGGCCGUCCAGCACCAGAGGGAGUUCCACCAGGCAUUCAUGGAGGAUGUCAAGUCUCGCGGGCCGUUCAUCUACUCAGUCUUGGAGUCUGCCCAGGCCUUUCUGGCUCAGCAUCCCUUCCAGGAGCCAGAGGAGACCCUGACCGAUGGAAAAGAGGUGUCUCCACGCCGGCGAAUCCUAAAUGUGAGCCGCUCAGUGUGGAAGCAGGCAAACGUGGCCAGUGACCUGUGGGAGAAGUUGACUGCACGCUGCGUGGACCGCCAUAGACACAUGGAGAGGACAUUAGAGCGUCUACUGCAGAUCCAGGCGGCGAUGGAGGAGCUGGCGGUGGCCCUGGAGCAGGCGGAGGGGGUGAGAGACGCCUGGGAGCCCGUCGGAGACCUCUUCAUCGACUCUCUGCAGGACCACAUAGACGCCACCAAGUUAUUUAAGGAGGAGCUGACCCAAGUGAAGGAGGGCAUGAAGCACAUCAAUGAUCUGGCCCACCAGCUGGCUAUCUCCGAUGUCCAUUUGUCGAUGGAGAACGCCCGCGCCCUGGAGCAUCUCAACAGCAGAUGGAAAGUGCUUCAGGCCUCCAUAGAGGAGCGGCUGAAGCAGCUCCAGGACGCACAUCGAGACUUUGGCCCCGGAUCGCAGCACUUCCUUUCCAGUUCGGUGCAGAUACCGUGGGAGCGUGCCAUCUCCCCCAACAAAGUGCCCUACUACAUCAACCAUCAGGCCCAGACGACGUGCUGGGACCAUCCAAAGAUGACAGAACUGUACCAAGCGCUGGCGGAUCUGAACAACAUCAAGUUCUCAGCAUACAGAACAGCCAUGAAGCUGCGGCGGGUUCAGAAGGCUCUGAGACUGGAUUUAGUGGCGCUGAGCAGCCUCGUGGACGUGUUUCGGGAGCAGGAUCUGCAGCAGGGGGAGCACGUGAUGGACGUGGUGGAGAUGAUCCACGGUCUGACGGCUCUGUACGAGAGGCUGGAGGAGGAGAGGUCCAUCCUGGUCAACAUUCCACUCUGUGUCGACAUGUGUCUCAACUGGCUGCUCAACGUCUACGACAGUGCUCGUAACGGCAAAAUGCGAGUCCUCAGCUUCAAGAUGGGAUUGGUGAGCUUGUGCAACGCAGACGUCCAGGAGAAGUACAAAUAUUUAUUCCGUCAGGUGUCCGGUCCUGGAGGUUUGACGGACCAGCGUCACCUCAGCCUGCUGCUCCAUGAAGCCAUCCAGAUCCCCCGCCAGUUGGGUGAAGUCGCCGCUUUCGGGGGCAGCAACGUGGAGCCCAGCGUCCGCAGCUGUUUCCGCGUGGCCCCAGGGAAACCUGCCAUCGAGGUGUCUCACUUCCUGGAGUGGAUGAGCCUGGAGCCCCAGUCGAUGGUCUGGCUGCCGGUCCUCCACCGCGUGGCUGCCGCAGAGUCCACCAAGCACCAGGCCAAAUGCUACGUCUGCAAACAGUGUCCCAUCAAGGGCUUCAGGUAUCGCAGUCUGAAGCAGUUCAAUGUGGACAUCUGCCAGACAUGUUUUCUAACCGGCCGGACUACCAAGGGAAAGAAGCUGCACUACCCCAUCAUGGAGUACUACACACCAACGACCUCGGGGGAGAAGAUGAGGGACUUUGCCAAGACUCUGAAGAACAAGUUCAGAUCGAAGCAGUACUUCACCAAGCACCCGCAGAGAGGUUACCUGCCGGUGCAAUCGGUGCUGGAAGCCGAGAGCUCGGAGACGCCGUGCUCCUCGCCGAAGCUGCCCCACGCAGACACACACAGCAGGAUUGAACAUUACGCCAGCAGGUUGGCGGAAAUGGAAAGCCAGAAUUGUUCGUUCUUCACGGACAGCCUGUCUCCUGACGAAAGUCUGGAUGAAGAUCAGUACCUCCUGCGUCACUCCAGCCCAGCCCUGGACCAUGACUCGCCCUGCGGACAGCACAUGCUGCUGGCCCACCUGGAGCACCAGGACAAGGAGCAGCUCCAAUGCACCCUGGCCCGCCUGGAGAACGAGAACAGGGUGCUGCAGAGCGAGUACAGGAGGCUCAAGUGGAAGCACGAGGAGGCGGCGUCGGUCCCCAUGCUGACUGAGGCAGGAGAGGGCGGUCCGGGUUCACCCACGGAGGGAGGGCAGGAGCAGGACGAGGAGCUACUGGCCGAGGCGCGGGUCCUCCGGCAACACAAGACGCGCCUGGAGACCCGUAUGCAGAUCCUGGAGGACCACAACAAGCAGCUGGAGUCCCAGCUCCGCCGGCUCAGGGAGCUACUGCUACAGCCCAAAGAUGACUCGGAGGCCAACGGAUCAGAGCCGUCCACCCUGUCCUCUCCGGUGUCCGGAGGGGGUCACCACGGGGAGCCGGCCAGCAGAGAGACCACCGACACCGAAGCAGCAGGAGAUGAUAUGGAUCAUGAACAGGAUACGGUGCUGCAGCUCCAGGAAGUCAUCGAGCAGCUGAGAAACGUCUUCCCUUCAGAACCGGGCACCACCUCACACAUCUAACCACCGGGUGGGCCUGGAGGAGCCGAGCGAAAGGAACGCCUGACGGCAGAGGGAGGAGCUCCGUACGGCUGAGGUCAGGCCGCGGCACAGCCGGCCCUGCGACCGCUGCAGCAGCUAUGAUACCCUGAGCUAACCCUCCACUGGAAUCUGUGCACUAAAAGCCUUUUUCAUGCAAAACUGCUAGAGGCUCACGCCGACGUCCGUCUGGCCGGGCUGCGCUUCACCACUUCAGCGGCGCCAGCCCGACACCACGUUAACGAGCCAAAGGAAACUAACAGGGAGGUCAGGGAGAGACUAAAGCAAAGGAACAAGCCCAGCCAAGACACUGUGCUUACCAGUAUCUGUGUAGUCGUUAGGAGGUGUGAAGCUUUAUACGUCCACAGCACAAAUUGGACCUUCCUCGAGGAGAACGUUAAAAAAACAAAAUGCAAAAAGGAAAAAGAAGAAUAUCCCCUUGUUUUGUCAGAAUGUUUUCUUUCCUCCUUGAAUGUGUUAUCACGGUUGUUAUUUUUGUUUUUCGAAGGGAGGUGGCGCGUUAAAGCUCGCUAGAGUAAACUAGAUCAGGGCUGGGGCCGACUGCAUCUCAUGUGGCUGCGUGGUGAGAUUGUCAGGGAGUUGACAGCACCCACAACGAGCUUAUUUACUUUGUGAGAAAGAGAAAGACACAUCAUCAGUUAAAUCCAUGAUUUAUUUAAGACAGCCAAAGUGCCCGCUAGCACAGCGCCUCUGUAUGCACACACUGUGUUCCUCUAAUCCUCUCAAACUGCUUGUCGCUCUCAUCGCUCGCCUCUCCCUAAGUGAGCCCUUUACGCUCAUACAGACACACGCACGCACGCGCGUAUGCUGCUACAUCCACGCUCCUUAUUUACACCCGUCCCUCAUUGUGCACAAAUGGCUCCCAGCGUGAUCAAUAACGUGCCGUGCUGCAUCACUAAAAAAUACAGACGCUUCCAUAAAAAAUGGAGAUCCAUUUCAUCUCUUUGGCUCGCGGGAUUUAGACACGCUCUCAGUUUUGUUUUUUUUAGCCAAUUUGUACUGAAACUGGGGCUUUUUUGUUGAGGAAAUAUCUGCCGAUAAAUAUCAGCAUGCAGGCGUCCACUGUGGGAACUCCUCCCGCUGUGUGCAGAGAAAGAGGAGGAUGGAGCUCCAGGCAAAAGUGCCUCAAGGCUGAAGUUCUCUUUCUCUUCUCUGCGAGGCCAAUUCCCGACACUACGGGGGGGUGGGGGGGGGAUAAGGCACACCACCAUUACUCCGUCCUACACUGACAUCAUCCUUAGUAAUCCCUCCUCUCCAUGUAGAUUUGAAAAGAACACUAUAGCUAUUGAUUCUACAUGCCUCGUUCUCCCUCGCUAAUGCGUACUUAAUUGCUUUUUAGAUUUAAGAAGAAAGACGAGUGGUUGGAAUGGCUCUGCCCUCAUCGUAUCGGGGUCGUAGGGUGCGUUCUGUUCUAAACAUAGCACAGUCAUUGAAUGCCUUAAAAUCAAACUGAAUCCAUAACAAGAGUCUUUCUGGACUUCUUUGUGUCAUUGUGUUUUUACAUCCAGGGACGGAGGUUGCAUCAGGAGUGUGUGUCUGUGAGCCACCAACACGUUCUCAUCCCAACUCGUCACAUACUGACGCUUUGUCAGACCCUCUCGGCGUCACCUUACGGUCGCAGUAAACACAUGAUUAAUGUUGUUAAUUAAAGGGACUCUAUGUAAGAAUCAGAAAUUGCUUGUUGCUUGUUGCCGAAGUAGGAAGAGUCAACACUGUUUUGCAAGACGGGCUUCACUAGAUAAAACUUUGAGGUUUUGGUGCUUCCGUGUAGUUUGUGUUGGAGUCUGAAUCUGAACCACGUAGCCACACGCGAGCGUGCAUGGGACACCGACCU